AUGUUCCUAUGGUGGAUAACAUAUUUUAGUAUUUUAAUUACUGUUGUAUAUGGAAAUUUUGCUAGAAAAAUUUACGGUGGAGAAAGAGUUUCUACUUUUUCAUUUCCAUAUCAAGUAUCAAUACAAAUUAGAAACUAUCACAUUUGUGGUGGUGCUAUUAUUUCUAAUAAUCAUGUAUUAACAGCAGCAAGUUGUGUAUUGGCUGAACAAAAUGUAGUGUAUGGAAAUAUUCAAAUACUUGUUGGAACACAUGACAUCACUGAUUAUCAAUAUGGAAAAAUUCAUCAAGUGUCAUAUGUUAUAUUUCAUAAAUUUUAUAAUCCACGUGAUAAUUGGAUCCAUGAUAUAGCAAUUCUCCAGCUAGAAACACCAAUAAUUUUAAUGAGAAGAUUAAGUUCAGCAGCAAAAUUGCCAUCGAGAAAAUCAUUUUCACUACGUAAUCAUCACGUUAUCGGAUGGGGAAUUGAUCCAAUACUUAAUGAAUUAUCAACACAUCUUCAACGAUUUGAAGUACAACUGAUUACACAGAGAGUUUGCAAAGGUCAAUAUUAUCGAGAAUUUGUGCUUUCAGAAACACAGUACUGUUUUAUUCCAUUUUUGCCAUCAACUGGAAUAUCACAGGGUGGUGGUGGUAGUCCUAUCAUGUUUGGACGACAAAUCAUUGGAAUUGUUUCAAUUGAUUCUUUGGAUGCCAAUCAACCAAUUAUAUACACUCAUGUCUUUGAGUAUAAUCAUUGGAUUCAAAACAUGAUGAAAAAAUUGUAA